UACUCCAAGUCUCAACCGUUCUUUCCGUGUGGGUAGUAUGAUGCUUGAAUUGGCAUAGAUUCUAUCAUAUCUAAUUCAACAUGUCAAUCUUGGAGGCUUGAUUUAACAGGAUUGCCUCUUAAUGCCCGAAAAGCUAUGAUAUCCCUGCUCACAAGAUACUUGCCAGGGCUGCCUUCUCAUGACCGAAACAAUACCCUGCCCCAGUAUACAGCAAAGUGUAUAAAAGCUAGCCAAUGAGGUCGUCUUCAGAAGACAACCCACAGCGGGUAGUGUCCCAGCUCUACCACCCAAUCAAUCAUGUCUGCCCCAAAAUCUACUACUUUCGAGAGAAUCGACAAGGACAACGUGAUGUUGUUGGUCGUCGAUCUGCAGAUAGGACUCUUUCAAGUCGUGCGGGACUAUCAACCCGAUGAGUACAAAAACAACAUCCUUGCUCACGCCGCCCUGGGUAAGGUGUUCAACCUGCCAACUAUUUUAACCACAAGCACGCAGCAAGGUCCCAACGGCCCUUUGCCAAAGGAAAUUGUGGAGAUGCACCCUAGUGCCCCGCUCAUCAAGCGUCAAGGUGAGGUGAAUGCUUGGGACAAUGCGGAUUUCCGUGCUGCUGUGAAAGCCACGGGCAAAAAACAAGUCAUCAUGGCCGGAAUCACUACCGAUGUUUGCACAACUUUCCUUGCCCUCUCCCUGAUCGAGGAAGGAUACACCGUUUUCACGAAUCACGAAGCAUCUGGCGCCGCCUCCAGGCGCAUUGCGGAUGAAGCAAACGCUCGUAUGCGUCAAGCAGGGGUGCAUGUUCUAUCAAUGUUCGCUAUUGCCUGCGAUUUGAUGAGGAACUGGACUUACACGCCCGGAGCACCACAGAUGCUGCCGUUCUUUGACAGAUACUUCUCGGGUUAUGGUUAUCUUACUCGAGGACACGAUGCUGCCAUUGAGAGUGGGCAAAUUCUGCCGGGAGAAAGCCAAUGAGCAGUUUGACUCUCUUAUAGAUAUGUAGCUGUAGUGUAUACAUACAUGAAACGCGCCGGGCAAAAUAAAUUGAAGAACGCGUCGCGUGUGAUAGGUAUCGCCCGGCCCGUCACUCGCUUAUAUCGUGGAGCCUUCAUUUUCCCAAUCACCAUGUCUC